AUGCUGGCAAACAAGCAAUAUCCCCUUGCCGUUGUCGUGGCUCACUGGACAUCACUCUGCGUCGGCAGAUAUAUCGGCGUCCGGGGGCCGGCAAAGUUUCAACAUUUCCUGCCAGUUUUGAGCGAGUCUACACUCUCGGAUAUUAAUAAUAAUGUGUGUGCCGCCACUCGAGCCGAUUACAUGAGUGCCUACAACGAUCCGGCGGUAGAUCCAGACCGCCUAUGUCUUGCCCAGCAGGAUUGCAUUCUAGUCAACAUGAGCGAAUCGGAAAAGUCCUACAUGUCCAGCUCCAGCCUAGUUCUCGGAUUAAGCCCCAUACUUCUCUCUUCUAUCGGCCCCACCAUCAGCGAGAUUGGACUCCUCUCGCUCAGACGUCCUAUCUUGUCCUUAUUGCUUACAUUCGGAACUGUAGGCGUCUACCCCUCGCGCAUCCUCUCAUACGUGGACGACUCUGCACUCGACAUUAUUGGUGAACCCACCACACUGGCUGUGUUUCUAAACGAGACACGCGUACAUGAUACCGUACGCAAGAGAGCAGCUGCUAUCUCCGUGGCGCAGUAUGUCGUGGUAGCUUUGGCCGUGUUCAAUGUCUUUUAUACGUCGUGGCAGCUCGGCGUGGCCACUGUGCUCAACUUUGUCUGCCAGAGCUCCUUCAUGCCCCUAGUCUGGACCACACUGCCAGCCUUCAUUCACCUGCCCGCAGCCCUAGCUUUGCGUGCCAACAAGAAGAAACCAGCCACGGUAUCGACGUCCGAAUCCACAAGAGCUAUGAAUUGUUCAAAGUCCCUGAUUCGGCCAUCUCUCACCUCCGAAGUAACCCUGCAUGCGAUGCGAGAGGAGCCAAUCGACUUGGCCGCCCUCAGACCAACGCCUAUGUUGAUCUUCUGGCGCUGGGUGGCGACUGUACUGUCCUUUGUUCAUGUACUUGUUGGCAUUGUCAUCUUCUCCUCAUUGCUGUUCACCAUGACUACGGAUGCGGCCAUCAUCUUGCUACGAUACGCUGCAUCAGCCUUGGCUUGUAGGCUGAUAAUAAUCUUUGAGCUCGGCGGUAUCCGAUGGUCCCGAGCACAGGCGCAGAAAAAUGAACGAAUGAAUGCUACAGCUCGCUAG